UUUGCCAAAUCAACUAGCCGAACGCCUCCGACUAGAAAAAAAAAAAAAAAAAAAAUUCCCACUUUCUUUCUCUGCCUAGAUUUCCCCUUUCUCUCUCUGUCCUUUUAAACCCUAAAAAUCAAAUCCACCACCACCACAAUGGCAGCCACAGCCACUGGAUCUUCUAGAAGAACAUCAAGCGGACCAGCUCUCCGCUCAGUCUCUCCUCCCGGCAGAUUUCACCAGCACUUAACCAGAUCUCCGACGUCUUACGCCUCCUCCACGGCUUUUGCUUCUUCAAGCUCUAGUUUCACCUCUCGCUCAUCAACUUUCUUCACCAGAUCCGCCUCCCCCACACGUGUCAACAUGUACGGACACACCUCACAGUCGUCUUCUCCAUCCGUCCGUUUAAAUGCUAUAUCUCCUAACCGUUCAAUCUCUACCGUCAAUCCCUCUCGGAGCCAUCACCAUCAGGUCGUUAAAAAACAGAGCACUCCUAAGCGUACCUGUAUGUGCUCACCGACGACUCAUCCAGGCUCCUUCCGUUGUAGUCUCCAUAAAGGUGUAGGGUUCGGGGGCUCGCCUUCAUCAUCCAACUACUCUUCAAACAACAAUCGGUUGAAUGCGCGCAGAUCUGCAAUGACAAAUUCGCUAGUGAGAAUCGGCGGUGUCGAAGGUGAUUUGGUGAGGAGAGCUCUUGCUUCUUUGAUUCGGCCCUCUUCACACCAGCAACGGAGGCGUUCUGCUUUCCAGCCACGACCAAGCCGACUCUCCGUGAUGUCCAAAUCUGAGGUUUAAUGGGUACUCCGGUCAAUUCAAGUGUUUUUUCCUUGAAUCACCCGACGAGAGUACUAGACUCAGAUUGUGGUGGCGGCGCGUGGGCUUCGGGACGGAAUUGAUUUUUACGGACUCCGGUGACCGAAACACAAAAUCCGACGACAUGACUUUUUUUUUUUAUAGAUAUAAUACACAUGGCUGUUGAGUGUAUAUAGUUAUCAAAGCUAUAUUAUUCAUCUGCAAAAUUAAGGAGUUUUGAGGACUUCAAAUUAAA